GAGGAUGGACACAGAGAUACUCAGACACAUUCUGAGCAGUCAGGGAGCUGUGGACCUGGAGGAGCUGGAGUGUAACCUCGGGGACGCUUCGUUUGUCGCAGAAAUGAUCGACUCCAAUGAUAACCUCGUGGUGUGUUCUUUCAACGGGACUCCGAGGGUCGUGGCCCGGUGCAGAGUGAGGCUGUGCCGGGCCAAGGAGUGUCCGGGCUGCGGGGGACUGCACCUCUGCAAGAACGCGCUGUUAUCUGGAGUCUGCCCUUUUCAACAGACAAGGAGAGGCUGCUCUUUCUCCCAUGAUCUAAACUCCGAAUCCAACAUGGAGGUCCUCAGGGAGUUUGGUCUGGAGGCUCUGAGCAGGACGGAGCUGUGUCUGCUGCUGCUCCAGAGCAACAACGCCCUGCUGCCUCAGAUCUGCCACGACUACAACAAUCGCUCUGGUUGCCCGGGAAACUGUCAGCGUCUGCACGUCUGCGAGCGUUACCUGCACCGCGACUGCAGCUGCUUCAGAACGCACGACUUCUCCGCUGCACAACCGCUCCAACUACUGCAGGAAAAACACAUCCCGGAACAUCUCGUCAGGGUUUUAAAGUCCGUGUACGCGAACAAGGAGGCGCUGUGGCUCGCGGACAAAGAAAACAAAGAGUCGGACGGCCACGAGUCCAGAUAUUAACGACGAAUAGACGCUACAGGACGUAAGACUAGAUCCACGAGGACAGAGACAAGACGACUUCUCAUGACGUGUAACUCACCAGCGUUUAAUAUUUUAACCUCCUGAGACCCGGUGUCCUCAUCUGUGGACAACACAUUUUGGGUUGUUUAAGCCACAGUGCAAAUUUUUAGAAGA